AUGACGUCGCGAUUUGUUGCCGAUGGAAGUAUUGAUGCCGAAAAACUUGCACGGGAAGAGCUGAAGGAGAAGGAAGAUUCAUUACUGUAUCUUCAGGAGAAAGAAUCAGAUGAGAGGAAGUCGCUGGCUGACCAGCUGAAAGAUAACCGAGCCGAACGGUAUGCUGAGUACAGAUCGCAGCUGGAGCAGACCAAUUCGUCGUACAGAAUGGACUCUAAAGAAGCAGCAUUUUAUGACAAGCUUAAACGGGAAGACCUAGCAAAAGAAGAAGUGUUGAGAUCCCGAGAGAAGGACGAGCUUGAAGAGUACAAGCGAUUGCUGGAAACAACACACUCAAAGACCGAGAAGAAGAAAGUCCCACAGCUAUCUGUAACACUGCAAAAGGUGCGAAAGCCUGUGCGAAAGCCGGUAAAAAAGCUGUCAAACCUCAAGAAGGGCAUUUCAUCUUUCCAAGCAGACAGUGGCACAGUCCCGAUACAGCCUUCCAGCACUGCAAAGGAGAAAGCUUCUGGUUUGGUGUUAGGUUACGAUUCAGACGAGGACUAA